GCAUUAAAGCUGCGUGAGGCUUCGAAUCUACUUCAGCUGGAACGGCAAACAAUGGGUCCGGACUGGUAUCAGGCUUUCCUCCCCGAAAUGCAGAAACCAUAUUUCCAAAAGAUUAAGAGAUUCUUGGAUGAAGAAGCGCGAAAAGGGAAGGUGGUGUACCCCGCGGCAAAUGAGAUUUAUACGUUUACGAAAUGCCCGCUCAAUAAAGUGAAGGUAGUCAUCAUAGGGCAGGACCCCUACCACGGGCCCAAUCAAGCACAUGGGCUCUGCUUCUCCGUCAAGAAAGGCGUGACGCGACCACCCUCACUGCAGAAUAUCUUUCGUGAGCUCGAAUCAGAUCUGGGUGCGGACGGGUUCCAGAAACCGGAUCACGGAUCGCUUGAAGGAUGGUGCACAGAAGGCGUGCUACUUCUGAACGCCACGUUGACCGUACGAAAGAAAGAAGCCAACAGUCAUGCCGAUAUAGGCUGGCAGACGUUCACGGACGCUAUCAUUCAGCAGUUGAACAAAAGCGGGGACGGGUUGGUGUUUAUGCUGUGGGGUGCAUUUGCGCAGAAGAAGGGCACGAGUAUAGAUAAGAAAAAGCAUCUGGUGCUGAUGUCGAAGCAUCCUAGCCCAAUGAGUGCAAAUCAGGGGGGAUGGUUCGGGUGUAAGCAUUUUUCGAAGGCAAAUGAAUGGUUGAAGGAAAGGGGUUUGACGGAGGUGAAUUGGAAUCAUCUUCCGUAG